ACCUAGUUGAUGUCAUCGCAAGUGCCGCGAGCUAUCUCCAAGUUCAAGUCCCGAGCGACUACUUUUAGAGGACCACGCCGAGGUUAUGCAGAGAUCAUUUCUAUAAGAGUUUAGCCGAUGCUAGAUGUUACAUACCCGAACUUUUGGAAUCCCGAAAGGGUGCAUUGCGCUUACCCUGCACUUUUAGUAUCCAACUGGUAAGAUCUAUAGAAACGGGCGCCUUCCGUUUGUCGGAAAACCCCUAUCCAGAUAAACUCAGAUCAAUCUAGAUAAAGCGACUAUACUUUACAAAACACAAUUAAGGUACCGGCGCAUCUUAACUAGAACCACUCACUCCUCUAAGUCUUCUUCGACCGUUAAAUUACCUUUCCCGCAAUCCCGACAUAUAAAUUAGUUUAUAUAUUGAGCGUGGCAAUGAAUUCGGAUAAGGAGUGCUCCGUAGCUGUUACGGCCUCACCACCUAGUGAGAAUGAGACGGCUCCGGUUGUAGGUCCUAUCGAAGUCGCACCACCGCCCGAUGGCGGUGCCGGAUGGAUUCAAGUCUUUGUUGGACAUCUUGCCCUAUUCAACACAUUUGGUUGGUUCAAUAGCUAUGGUAUCUUUCAGGACUAUUACACGGAAGAGCUAAACCUACCACUAUCGGCUGUUUCUUGGACGGGUAGCGUGCAAGUCUUCCUGUUGGCUUGUAUAGGCAUGUUCUCAGGUCGACUCUUUGACGCAGGUUACUUCCGCUCGUUGAUCAUGAUCGGUUCUAUUCUACAGAUUCUCGCUGUAUUCAUGGCAUCUAUUGCUACCGAGUAUUGGCAACUCUUCCUAGCUCAAGGUGUCUGUGGUGGACUCGGCGCCGGCAUCCUGUACUGCCCUAUCAUCGCAUGCGUGUCUACUUAUUUUGCUCGAAAGCGCGCACUUGCGAUUGCCCUUGUUACAAGUGGUGGCGCUACAGGCGGACUGGUAUUUCCUAUCAUUGCGCAGCAACUUCCAGAAAAGAUAGGUUUUCCUUGGACUAUGCGGAUCAUGGGAUUUGUAGUCAUGUUCAACGCAUCCGUAAUGUUAAUCUUUGCCCGCACGCGACUGCCACCGCGACCAAGGGGGCCAGUUGUCGAAUGGGCUGCAUUCAAGGAGUUGUCCUAUUCACUCUAUACGGCCGGCGCUUUCUGUGUCUUAUGGAGCGUGUAUCUAAUAUAUAAUUUCAUAAAUCACUACGGGAGGACAAUCUUACACAUGGAGCCUACAACUUCGCUUAAUACGCUCUUCAUCGCCAAUGCAGUUGGUGUGCCAGGGCGAAUAAUACCAGCGCUCAUCUCUGAUGCGUACCUUGGCCCAUUUCGGACACUGGUGCCGCUUGCUAUCAGUGCGAGCGUGCUCUAUUUCGGCUGGAUUGGCGUGCGGGACCCGAGCGCCCUCUAUGUCUUCGCAGUUCUUUCUGGUAUUAUUAACGGCGGUGUCCAGACCAUCGCCAUGGCCGGCCUACCGUCGUUGACAAAAGAUCUAAGUAAAGUAGGUACUCGGUCGGGCAUGAUCAUGACCGUUGGUUCCUUCGCUUGCCUAACAGGACCACCAAUUGCCGGUGCACUGAUCGAUGUUGCGGAUGGGCGAUACUUGUAUAUGCAGAUAUGGGCUGGUUGUAUUAUGCUGUUAAGUGCCUUCUUUGUUGCGGCUUCGUGGUAUGCACGUUCAAAGCAGGGUUUAUAGUAGACUACUAGAGGACUCUACUAGUUUCAGAAUUAAGUCCGUUGCCUUAUAGAAUGUAAUAGAUAUAGCUACCUAUGC